GAUAGCCAACCCAACGACCAAGGUCAACCUGCAGCAGCCAGCUUGCAACCAUGAGAUAGCAGCGCGAUAAUAAGGUCCAGAGUCGUAAUGCAGCGCAGACGUCCCCUCAUCUAAGGUACGGAAAGGAGGUCUAUAAGUCUGGCCACUCUCCAGAUGUUAAAAUUAGGUUGGAAUUGAUCGUCCCCUCAGACGCCAGGCAAGUUUGCUCUUACAGCGACCGAGUCAAUAUGACACAGCAAGCCACCGUAAUCCACGGUGUUGAGCCUAGCUCAGCGGCCAUGGACACUAUCGAGCCCGCCAAGGAGAAAUCAACCGUAGACCAUGACGAUGUCGAAAGCCUCAAGCACAUGGCCGUCUCAGUUGACCUGGGCGAAGAAGGCGCGCAGAGGAUCGAGCUCAUGCAGCAAAGCUGGGGCAAACAUGGCAAGAAAUGGAUUUUCGUUGCCCUGGCAUUCUGCAUGAUCGUAUACGAACUGGACGAAACCACCUAUGCCACCUACUUCAACUAUGCCCUCUCUGACUUCCGCAAAACCUCCUCCACCUCGGCCCUUGGGGUAGCCACCAACCUGACCUUUUCCCUCACCAAACCAAUCUGGGCCAGGUCCUCCGACAUCUUCGGCCGCGGCGAAAUUUAUCCGGCCGCCCUGGCCUUCAUCCUCGUUGGUCUCUCCGUCGCCGCCAGCGCGAGCUCCUUUUCGGCCUUCGCGGCGGGCACUGUUCUCCGUGUGGUCGGACUCACCGCGCUCAACUCACUCAACACCAUCGUCGUGGCGGAUCUGACCACUACCCGCCAGAGAGGGUUUGGUGUCAACUUCCAGUUCUUCCCGUACAUGGUCCUGCCCUGGGUCUCGUCGUACAUCGUGGACAAAGUCCUGUCGCCCGGCGGUAUCGGUUGGAGAUGGGGUAUCGGGAUCCUAGCCAUCGUGUUUCCCCUCGGCAUCGUGACCAUCACCUCCGUCCUUCUCACCUUCCAGCGCCGGGCCAAGAAACUCGAAACCGGGGCCGUCAAAAAACCCAAAAUCACCCUCUUGGGCGUAUGCUCUAACAUCGACCUCGGGGGUCUGUCAAUCCUCAUCGUUUCCCUAGCCUUCAUCCUCCUCCCCCUAUCCCUCGCCGCCCUUGAGCCCACUGGAUUCCGUACUCCCUGGGUCAUAGCCCUGAUUGUAAUCGGCAGCGUGGGCCUCCUAACCGCCUUCCCCUUCUACGAGGGACGCAUCGCCGCCCACCCCUUUUUACCGUUACGCUACCUGCGGCACAGAGCUAUAGGCCUCGCCUUCCUCCUCUACUUCACCGACUACAUGGCCGCGGGCGCCAGCCACGGCUACCUGUACAACUGGGCGCUGAUCGCGCAGGGCUUCAACAUCAUGCAAGCCACAAACCUGUCCUACGUGAACGCGGUGCUAACCUUUGUCACGGGCACCCUGUUCGGUCUGGUUAUGUGGAAAACCCGCACGUACAAAUGGUGGAUCAUGGCCGGGUGCGUCGUCCGGAUCGUCGGGUACGGCGUCAUGUUUCGGAUCCGGAACGCGAACCCGAACAUAGCGGAACUGUUCAUCAUCCAGGUCGUGCAGGGGGUGGGUGACGGGAUUGUGCAGACGGGGGGUUAUGUCGCGGCCACGGUGAAUGUGCCCCAUCGCGAGACGGCGCAGAUGACGGCGUUGAUUGUCAUGGUCGGCAUGUUGGGGAGCGCCGUGGGGGAUGCGAUUAGUGGGGCGAUUUAUACGGGCACGUUUAGGCAGGAGUUAGCGAAGCAGCUGGGGGCGCAGGGCACGCCUGAGUUGGUGGAGGCGCUGUUUAAUUCGAUUGAUGUGUUGAUUCCCGAGUGGGGGACGCCGGAUAGGGUGGCUAUUAAUACGGCGUAUAACCAUGUGACGUCGUACUUCUUCAUUGCUGCCAUGGUGAUCAUUGCACCAGGGUUUCUGAUUGUGUAUUUCUUGCCAAAUCAGAAGUUGAACGACAGCCAAAAUCUCAUCGAGGACCACGGCAUGUUUGGUGACAACCAGCCGAUUGUCGAGUCUACUGAGCCUCUCGGAGAGACUGAGUCGAAGGGCCUGUCGGAUAAAUGAUACACAGGUAAUUCGCUAACACCUUAGCUUAUAAUAUGAAUAUGCGCCCAAUUAAAUAGAUAGUAUGG